AUGCCUCUCGCUCAGGCUGCUGAGACUGUUCUUGGUGUCUAUGUUUUCCACCGUCAUGGUGACCGCACGGCCAAGAUGACGCCGCCGGCGAAUCUCACCGACCUGGGUUAUUUCGAGGUCUUCACUUCGGGACAGUGGUUCCGCAACCGCUACAUUGCAUCGGAUGCCUCCGCUCAGGUGCAUGGCAUGAGCACCGAUAUCGUGAAGCAGUCCCAGAUCACCGUCUCUGCGCCCUCGGACACGGUGCUCUUCAAUUCUGCCCAGGGCUUCUUACAGGGACUUUACCCGCCUGUUGGCUCCACAAUGGGCGCCGAGACGCUGAGAAACGGCACCAAGAUCGAGUCGCCUCUGAAUGGCUACCAAUUGAUCCCCAUCCAAGCUCUUUCCACUGGUACCAAUAGCGAAAAUGCCGGAUGGCUCCAGGGCGCCAGCGGCUGCAACAAAGCCGCCUCCAGUUCGAAUCAGUAUUUCUUCUCCAACGAGUACAAUGCCUUGUUCAAUUCGACCACCGACUUUUACAAGGGCUUGACCCCGAUGAUCAACAACACCUUUCCUCCCAGUCAAAUCAGCUACAAGAAUGCCUACACCAUCUUUGACUUGCUGAAUGUCGCAUCCAUUCACAACGCCUCGUUCCCUUCAUCCAAUCUCCUUACCAAUGAGACCUUCUUCCAGCUGCGAACUCUUGCCGACACCCACGAGUGGAACCUGGCAUACAAUGAGAGCGAACCUGUGCGUGCCAUGGCAGGUGCCUCACUUGCCGCUCAAGUGGUCCAGCAGCUCAACACGACCAUCACCGGCAUGGGCAAGAGCAAAUUCGCCAUCCAAUUUGGUGCCUAUGCCAACUUCAUGUCCUUUUUCGGUCUGGCUCAGCUGACCAAGUCGAACCCUGACUUUUACGGUGUUCCCGACUACGCCUCUUCUAUGACCUUUGAGCUGGUCACCAAUGCAUCGACCGCAACCUUCCCUGCCGCCGACGAUAUCUCGGUCCGCUUUCUCUUCCACAAUGGUACCACGUCCAACAGCAGCGAGCCGAUCGCUUAUCCUCUCUUUGGCCAGUCCGACCUGGUCCUGCCAUGGACCACUUUCGUCGACGAGAUGAAUAAGUUUGCUGUUGGAUCCGAGGCGGACUGGUGCAAGGCUUGCGGUAAUACCGAUGGUGCCUGUGCCGCCUACACUACCUCCAAUUCUACUGCCGGCACGAGCUCGUCUUCAUCCUCGGGCUCGUCCCACCACGGUGGCAUGUCGCUGGGCGUUGCCGGCGUCAUUGGUGCUAUGGUCACGCUUGGCGUCAUUCUCGGUCUUGAAUUGCUCAUUGUCUUGGUAGGCGGUCUGCGUCUUGUCAGCAAGAAGCGACUUGCCAACACUGGUGCCGCUGCGCCUGCUGUCGCCGAGACCAAGGCCUAA